UUUGUGCAUUGUCGGCUCUAGGAGCGCGUGGUUUGGACUCUGGUGUUACCACGACCGGGUUUUACGUUUUACUGUCGGUGAAAGCGACGGUACCGUGAAACCGCCGCCAUUUCAGCAGCUCAAGGGAUGUAUGCAAUUGUGGAAUUUAGGCUAACCCAAGAGGUGGAGAUCGUGCCUUGCACGUGGGUCACGGGAAACAACUGUUUAUGGCCGAAGGUGUCCACCGAUAAGGCUGUCAAGCUAGUGCGAAAGGGGGGGCCACCAGGACCAGGGUUUUCUGAGUUCGAGGUGACUGUGAAAGGACUAUUCAAUUCCUACGAAGAAGGGCGAUCUAAGUUGGAGCGGUCGCGGUUCACAUCUGAUCUCUCGGACGAGGAGAUACGCCCAAAGCGUAGGAGAUUUCGCCCCACACGCUGGAGCGAGUCCGACUCAAGCUCGGAUGAAUUCCCGGAAGCCCCGAUGCCGCUCUGCGCACGGCAGAACUCGCGUAACGCUAUUUGAUUUUUAUUUUGUUCUGCAGCUGACAGCCUUGUUGACCGUUGCAACUGUUUCUUAACCUUUAGCUUAGAAUUCGAACCUGGCACUUGAUAAGUCUAGGGUGUGUCGUCAGACGUACUUGAUCUGUCGUUUUACGUAAACAAUGUGCUUAUAUAGGGGGUUGGGGCACAACUGCAUUUUUUAUAUUUUGGGAGAUCAAUUUGUACUUUUUUCAUCUUACAAUUUGAGGUUUUCUGGUCGCUUUUCACAGCCAGUAGCCAGAGACUGGAAUCACAGAGUGCGAGCCCGGCAAGAUCAAUACACAGUGAAAUGUCGCAAGCUGCACUAAUGCGAGGUGCUAGUGGUUCGUCCCAGUCGUCUAGCACUUCGAUAAACACGCUGGCUCCCAGUCCACAAGAUAAAGGUAGCUAUAGGGUGUUUUCACCGACGUAAUUUCGUCCACCAUUUUGUUGUUGUGAGCUGUCUGGCGUGUGCCAAACUCGAGCAUUCCAAGGAUUGACACGCCCCCUCAAAUGCGUAGAGCACCGCUGACAGGUGCUCUACGCAUUUGAAGGGCAGUUCAGAAGUACCAAAUAAAUAAAUAACAUAAAUAAAUAUGAGAAGCAAUCCAAGUCACCUUGUACCCUUAUUGCAUCUAGCGCCUGCAGUUGUCUUUAUCUUCGUAGAUGCCAGUGGUUUUUCAACCGCAUCUCAAACAUUGACAAGGAUGUCGGCUCCCAGUCGAUUAGAUCAAGCACUGCAGGCUAUGCAACACAUGACGCCUAGCACCAGUGCUUCGACCUGCGCUGAUCUGCGGGCCACUGCUAGGAUCUUGAGUGCUGCUGAGUUUCAGCGACGGGUGCUGAAUGGGAUGAGCGUCAUGAGGAGCCAGCAGACGGAGAUAAUGGACAUGAUUUCGACAUUGCUACGAGCGCGUGAGAGUUUCGUUGUAGAGCCCAGCCAGCCGAUCCUCGUUGAUCCCCUCGACACUCCUGAAGCAAUUGAGGUGUUUGAUGGCGCUCUUACAGAUGCCACGAGUGAGGCUUUGGUUGUGGAGCUGACCUCCCUUGGGGACCUGUCUAUCAAAACAACUGUAAGGUCUAUGCUUGCACACCUGAUUAGUGACGAAGCUGCAGCCAAGUUCAGCAUGGAUGGGCGCAAAGGGAAGAAGGUUUUCCGUAGCCUUAAGCUGUACAAAUUGAUCUUUGCUGCUAUAAAGCGGACAAAGCACUGCAAAGAGUCUACGAAAAAAGAGGUGGAAACGGAAGUCAAGGAGUGGCUUCGCCGCGCAAAGGAGAGGUGCACCACUUCUAAGGGAGAGUAGGCAUCUACCUUCAAGUGUGAGAAAGGUGCCUCUGCCCUGGUUCUGAUUGCAAAUAAAAAACUAUUUUGCUGUCUAACAUCCUUGUUUCCUUCUAGCUUACGAAACAUAAGGCCAACUGGCACUGCGACAUCACUACGUAAAAUGUAAUCAAAUGAUUGCAAAAUUA